AUGGGCAUGAACAUAGCCGACCCUCGCUACGAAGAUCUAGCAAUUGAGGUACAUUCUCGUCUUAGCGACUUGGUUAUUUCCAUAAGGAACACAUGUUUCCCAGAGACAUCAUCUGCGACCCAGACAGGCGUUGAACCUAGCCCGCUCAGCCACGGUCAAGAUCUCGGACUCCACCAGCUCGACGUUCACAAAGUCGGUCAACCAGACCAUCAUGGUCAAAAUGUCGAACCUCAUCAGUUCAGUCAAGGUCAAAGUGUGCAAACUUCCGAGAUUGAUCAGUCCCAUCCAGUUCAAACGGACCUUGUCGAGACCGAGAAGACCUUGUCAGCUCCUGCCGCCAUCAUCACCAAAUCAGGAUUGGAGAAUCCUCAGUUCCAGACUACGUUCAAAUCUACUUCGGGAUUCAAGAACGGCAUAGACAUCCAAGCCUGGUGUAGAUCGAUUGUUCCAAAUGAGAUGGCUACAGACGCUGGUCUCGAUGCUGAGGUCGCCGACAGUCUGCACUCCAAUGCUGAACCGCUUGAGAGUGCAUUGAAGUCAGGCAAGAAAAAGGCACCUAAGCGGCUACUCGGCCAAACUGGAUUUGAUGAUCAGUCACCACUCGAGAGUUUGAAGAGAAGGCGCUCUGAACGUAUACACCAGAGAACCAACCCCUCUAACUCAUCUUGA